AUGUCGCAUGAAUUGCAAUUCAUUCAAGAUAUUCUUAAGCAAAUUCAACAUAAACUCUAUCACAACAGUUUGUAUGUCCCUUCUUAUUUAGUUGGAAUAGAUUCUCUUGUUACACACAUUAAUCUGUGGAUACAAGAAAAUGGAUCAAAUAAAAAUGGCAUUGCAACAAUUUGUGGAAUUGGAGGGAUUGGAAAGACAGCCAUUGCCAAAGUCGUUUUCAAUCAAAACAUCCAAAGAUUUGAAGGUUAUAGUUUCCUUGCUGAUGUUAGAGAAACAACUCAAGAGUGCAAUGGCUUGGUUCGUUUGCAAAGACAAGUUAUUUCAGAUAUCCUUAAGGGGAAAGCAAACAAAAUCUACAAUGCAGAUAAUGGAAUUCUUAAGAUCAAAGAAGCUGUAUGUUGUAGAAGAGUUCUUAUUGUUCUUGAUGAUGUUGAUGAUUUGGAAAACAUAACUAAAAUAUUUGGAAAGCAAAUACCCUUUUUCCCAGGAACUCUUCAAGUCUUGGGUUCUUCUCUCUCUGGCAAAAGUAUAAGUGUAUGGAAAAACGCAUUGGAGAAAUUGGAAGCAAUUCCUGAUAGCAAAAUUCAAAAGAUUCUACGAGUAAGCUAUGAUUCCCUUCAAGAUGAUCAUGAUAAAAAUUUAUUCCUUGACAUAGCUUGCUUAUUCAUUGGGAAGGAUAGAGAUUAUACAACUGCAAUUCAAGACGGUUGUGGUUUCUAUACAAUAGAUGGAAUUGAAAAUCUCAUAGGCAGAGCUCCAACUGAUUCCAAAGCUUCCAAUAUUCAGUCCACUCAUUGGGAUGUAUGUGUCAUCGUCUCCACUGGUGCACGUGAUUUCAAGUGGACGAUGUCUGAUGUCUUGGAAAAGAUGUAUUAUUUUGGGAUGUGA